AUGGAACAACUUAUCAUCUACAUUGAAGAAAGAGAAGCUUUGGCCGAUGAAGCAGCUUGUAUCUUCAGGGUGCAUGAAAGAUUGCGUAAUGCAAAUGAAAAGGCAUACACACCUAUCCUAAUUUCAAUAGGGCCUUACCACCGUUGUCAACCCAAACUACUUGCCAUGGAAAAAUGUAAAGAGCAUUAUUUGGAAUUGCUCCUUCAACGUAACAACAAUCUGCGUAAGAAAGAUUAUUUAGACUCUAUGAAAAAAUUAGAAGAAAGAGCUUGCAAGUGUUAUGCUGACCCAGUUGACCACCUCGAUAGUGAUGAAUCUGUGAAAAUGAUGUUAUAUGAUGCUUGCUUUGUUAUUGAGUUUCUUUUUGGUCUGUAUGAGUUUUUUGUUGUUGAGGAUAAACAUCAACAAUCACAUGUAGGUGAUGAAGUCAAAGUAUCAUGGAAGAUGAUACAAAUUUGCAGGGACUUGAUGCUACUUGAAAACCAACUGCCAUUCUUUGUUAUAUCUGAAUUUUAUGACAUGAGUUGCGGCGUGGGCGUGACCCAAAAUCCAAACCGGAAUCAUCCUGAUACUACCUCCACCCUCACUCUCACCCUUACCAUCACCCUCACCCUCACCUCCACCCCCACCCCCACCCUCACGAAGCUGGCUUUAUUGCCUAUCUUUCAGAACCUACCGAGAAGGAUCGGUGUCAAGUUCGAGGCUGUAGAGGAUGAUAAUGAUGGGCUCAACCUCAGCAUGUUCGAUAUACGCUUUGAACAUGAUCUAUUUAAAAUACCAAAGUUUACAGUCGCUGAUUCGACAGAGACAUUCUUCCGAAACAUCAUUGCCUAUGAACAACAUUCCUUGGAUGACAAAUCCAAAUAUUUCACUGAUUAUACGUAUUUCAUGGAUCAACUUAUCAACUGCAAACAAGACGUGACCCAACUUCGUCGCCAUGAAGUUCUUGAAAACUGGCUUGGUGAUGACGAAGUGGUGGCAGUUAUGUUCAACGACCUGGGUAUAGGAACUAUCAUUAUGCUAUCGUUCUACUACGCUGAACAGUGCAGCAAAGUGAACGCUCAUUGCAAGAGAAGGUGGAACAGAGUAGUAGCUUCAUUGAAGCGUGAUUACUUCACAAAUAUGUGGGUUACUGUUGCCACUAUUGCAGCUGCUUUUCUCUUCCUCCUCACUCUCACACAGACUGUCAUUUCAUUCUUCCUUCGUGCCCAUGCCCGUGCCCGUCCCCAUCCCGACACUGAUGAUGCUGGCAAUUUAUUAAGUUAG